AUGAUGGCAAUGACAUCCCUUAUGAUGGCUGUCAUGAGUGUCAGUUUUCGUGUCCUAAGAAUUGCUAAAAUUUGUAAAUUUGGUUAAUUUUAGACAUGCGACUUAGGAUUACAUUACUCUAAUGGAAUAUGUAAUCGAAAUUAUGAUAAAUUACCAUAAGAUUAAAUUUAAGUUGAUUAUAAUUAAUUUUCAUUUUUUAUAGAGGAAACUGAAGUUGUCAUUUGUGGGCAUGGUAAAGUUCAAUAGGAUGAAUAAUGUGAUGAUGGAAAUAAUAUUCCUAAUAAUGGAUGUUAUAAUUGUAAUUUCUAAUGUAUAUUAAACUGUUAAGAAUGUAAUUUUGAAGUUUGUUAAUAUUGUAGUCCAACAUAUGAAUUAAUAAAUGGUAAAUGUUUGGAAUUUCAAACAUAAUUUAGAUUUAUAAGUUGUAUUAGAUCAGAUAUAAAUGAAAAUCAGAUUUCUGAUGUUACUUAUUGUGAUGAUUAUGACAUUACAUAUAAUCUUGAAAUAUCUGGAAUUAAAUAGUAAAAUAUAGUAUUUUAAUGUCCCUAAUAUUGUGAAAUUUGUGAAUACGGAAAAUGUAAAAAAUGUUUGGUUGAUUAUUUUCUAUUAAAUAAUUUAUGUAUUACUUAAAUUACAAAAGGAGCACUUUUAUUUAAAGAUGAACUACAAUUGAGUCUAAUUGAAAUUGGAUGCUAUAAAUGUAAUGAUAGUUGUCAAAUUUAAUGUCUUUAAUGUUAGAAUUCAUAUUGCUUUUCUUGUAUUUAAGGAUGGUAACUUAUUAAUGGAAUAUGUCAAUAAAUUUGCGGAGAUAAUUAAGUAGCUAUUUUAUCUAAAGAAGAAUGUGAUUCAAAUUUAAAUGAUUGUAUAAAUUGUAAAUUUGUUUGUCCAGAAAAUUGUUAAAUUUGUAUAAAUUCAAAAGAAUGUCUUAUUUGUGAGUAACCUUAUGUUGAAAUUAAUAAUGAAUGUUAAUUAGCAUGUUUAACAGAGUGUUAGAAAUGUAUUAAUGGAAUAUGUCAUGAUAAUUGUAUAAAUGGAGAAAUUAAUAUUGAUGGUAUUUGCUAUUCAAUUUGUGGUGAUGGAAUAAAAUAAUAAAAAGAAUAAUGUGAUGAUGGAAAUAAUAUAUAAUUUGAUGGAUGUUUUAAUUGUGAAUAUUCUUGUCCUAAAUAUUGUUUAAAUUGUGAAGAAGGAAUCUGUUUAGAGUGUUAAUAAUAUUUUUAAUUGAUUUAAAAUACUUGUUAUGAUGGUUGUGGAA